GGCGCUGAUGCUGAUUCAGGAUGCGGGUGAGGAGAGACGGAGGCUGAAGGGGAAAAGCUGCAGCUCCGAGCGGGACACAAUGCUCCGUGUUCCUCACGCUUCUCGCUCUGAAACGCUCCUGCGGCCAAACAAGAGCAGAUGAAUGGCAGGACUGUGUGACGAUCUGGUUGGCUGAUGCAGUGUGUAGCAGUCGACUGCGACGAAAACAUGAACGGUGCAGGAGAGCAGGUGGACAUCCUGCCCCAAAACUGCAUGGUGAAGGAGCGCUGGAAAGUGUUAAAGAAGAUUGGAGGCGGGGGAUUUGGUGAGAUCUAUGAAGCAUUGGACUUGUUGACCCGCGAGAACGUGGCUCUGAAGGUGGAGUCGGCACAGCAGCCCAAACAAGUGCUAAAGAUGGAGGUGGCAGUGCUGAAGAAACUUCAGGGGAAAAAUCAUGUGUGCAAGUUUAUCGGCUGCGGAAGAAAUGAGAAGUUCAAUUACGUUGUCAUGCAGCUACAGGGGAGGAAUCUUGCUGAUCUGAGACGAAGCCAGCCUCGUGGAACAUUCUCCAUGAGCACCACACUGCGAUUAGGAAAACAGAUCCUGGAGGCCAUUGAGGCCAUUCACUCUGUCGGCUUCCUGCACCGAGACAUCAAACCUUCGAACUUUGCCAUGGGUCGUCUUCCGUCUACACACAGGAAGUGCUACAUGCUGGACUUCGGCUUGGCUCGUCAGUACACCAACACUAAUGGGGAAGUGCGGCCUCCAAGGACUGUGGCAGGGUUCCGGGGUACGGUGCGCUACGCUUCUGUCAACGCUCACAAAAACAAAGAAAUGGGACGCCAUGAUGAUCUGUGGUCCUUGUUCUACAUGCUGGUGGAGUUCACUGUGGGGCAGUUACCAUGGAGGAAGAUCAAAGACAAGGAGCAGGUUGGUCAGAUUAAAGAACGGUACGAACAUAAGAUGCUGCUGAAGCACAUGCCUUCUGAUUUUUAUAUUUUUCUGGACCAUGUGAUCGUCCUGGAUUAUUACACCAAGCCUGAUUACCAGUUGUUGAUGUCGGUGUUUGAGAACAGUAUGAAGGAGCGAAAGAUUACAGAAAACGAGCCGUUUGAUUGGGAGAAAUCUGGAACCGAUUUGUCAUCGAACAGCAUAGCCACGCCCCCUCAACAAAACACACGGCAGACUGCAGCGAUAGUUGGCGUGGUGAACGUGACGCCGGUUCCUGGCGAGUUACCGAGAGAGAACACGGACGACGUGCUUCAGGACGAGCACCUGAGCGAUCAAGAGAAUGCCCCGCCCGUCCCGUUACCCAUAAUGCCAGGCGAGGUGGUUCUGGUGCCCCCUGGUGGAGAGAUGUGGGAUGACACUGACUUCAAUCGUAACAAACUCAGGAUCAGCAUCAGUAAGACCCAGGUAACUGCAGAGGAGGAGGAGCAAGCAGAAGGGGUGGAGCCUGCUUCUCAGAGGCCUGGUGACCCAGAAUCCCUCGGAGCUCAAGUCCGGCCUCUCAGGUACAGACGAAUCAACAGUCCAGAGUCUGAUCACUUGACCGGAGCAGACGGGAGGGCAGACGGCUGUGAUAGACGUUCGCGGGUGGACCUGCUCGGCUCGCCGUCUCGCCUCGUCAUGUCCUCUCAGCCCGCUCAGAUGUUCUCGGUGGAUGGAGGUCAUGAGGCUCACAGUAACGCUUUCAUCCGUUCCGUCCCAUUGGCCGAGGAGGAGGACUUUGAAAGCCGCGAGUGGGUGAUGAUCGACAAGGAGGCGGAGCUUCGCGAUUUCCAGCCAACCACAUCAGGAACCACGGAUGAGGAACCUGAGGAGCUUCGCCCCCUGGAGGAUCACGAGGACAUGAGGAGAAGGAGGGCCGAACGAGGGACUGAGGUUGUGGUGCGGCCCAAAACACAGCGCGGUGCAACGGGAUUGGCUGGAGUGGAGGAGGGGGCGGGGCCAAGCCACAGAAGAAGGGAAUCAGAGCCAUUUGGGCCAAACAGACAAGAGCCACAAGAGGCAGAGUCAAAGGUAAAGAGAGUUGACUUCUUGUCCACGGUGCUGAUGUUUGAUGCUCAAAAAGAGACGUUGCGACGUUCAGGAAGUGAUGGAAGCCCAGAAGGUGCUGCAUCAACACUGCUGGCUCCGCCUCCUCGUGACCAAGACCAGGAAGAAGCGUCCCGUACGUUGGUGCUUGUUUCUGCUGGUAAUGGGGCUGUUUCCCCUGGUGAUGGUCAGGGCACUUUGGGGGCGGUGACACCGCAGGCUCCUGAAGAAUCAGAACGCGGGACUCUCGCGUUCAUGUUCAGGCCUGCUGCGAUGGUAACGGCUGCCGUGGCAACAGCUGCACGCUCCUCAUCACCUCCACUGGCAAAGGUGGAGAGAACAUUCGUGCACAUUGCUGAGACAACGCAUCGCAUUGUCAUGACAACAGGGAAACAGCCGCCUGAGUCCGAGAGACACUACAGGAAGGAUGAGGAAGCAGAGGAAGAGGUGGAGGACAGGAAGGAUGGAAGCAUGGGAGAAGAAAAAGGAAGCAGCAAGGAGGAGAUCAUCUGGGAAAGAGCUGAGAGAUCAGUAGAAAAUGGUGACGAGAGAAAGAAAGAGCAGGAACUGGAGCAGGAACUGGAUCAGGAAGUGGGGAAGGAAGUGGAUGAAGCUGAGAAAGAGAAUGAGAAAAAUGAAGAGAAGAAAAACGAGACUCUGAAGAAGAAAGAGAUUGAUCUCAUAGAGAUGGAACAAGAAAGUGAAAGUGAGAGCAGAGAGAAAGAUGAAGAGAUAGAAAAAGAGAAAAGCAGUCCUACAAAGGAGGUGGAGUCUGAGCCAGAGCCAAUACCUGAGUCAGGUGACCUGCAGGGACCCUCCUUUAUUGGCCCUAAAGAAACUACAGAGGUGGAGGAGAGAGAUAAACCAGAGGAGCUUCUGUUGGAACAGGAAAAGAAGCGUGCAGAAGCAGGUCCUGUUCUAGUUACUGAAAAAGAUAAGGAGAUUGAGCCAGACCAGAAAGUUACAUCUCCACAGUUACACCCACGGAGGCGGAGUCGAAUCCCAGUGCUCAUUUCAGAAGAGGAAACUGGUUCGGACCGGUCAUCGCAAACCAGUCCGCACCAGCAGUUGCGUAAAACCCGACGCCCACAACUGGCUCGCCUUGUCCUGGAGCGAAAACGAUCCACCCAAUCAACAACCGCCUCUGAGGAUGACACCCACCAAUCAGACGACUCAGCCAGAGCAAGGGGAAUAGACCGACCAACAAGGAGCCUCCUCCCACGGCCAGUAACGAGCAUUAAAAAGCCUUCUGUCAAAUCAGGGAGUGGGGCGGUGCCUCAGACUCAGAGAUCUUUCUCUUUCAUUCAGGCCAGUUCUGUUAGCUCUGGGAUGCAGAAGUCAGCAAGUGCUCACUCAAGUAUUCAUCAGCAGAAGCCCCGCCUACAGCUCCGCCCCUCUAAAACGCUCCCUCCUCGCCCCAUGACACCGGCUCCAACAGCCCACAGACCAUGGGCUCCAGGCUCCACCCCCUCCUCUGCUACUCGGACACCUCAGCGUUCCGCCUCCCGGCUCGAAACUCCUCCUCCUACUCUUCGCAGCUUUAGCUCCGCCCCUCGCAGUAACUUUACCUCUCGCACUGAGAGCCCCUCUCCUCAGCGCUUCCGCCAUGUUGAGACACGCCCCCUUUCAACAACACAACCCAAAUCCAAAGCUUUGGACUCUGCCCACAAGAAGGGCAAAGUGUACCCCACUGCAGCACAGAAGGGGAAGAAGGAGUCAUGUGACCCAAAAUAUAAAAGUAGAUAAUUACUGUAAACAUAAACCCAGGAGCAUUUUACCUUUUGAUCCUUCGCUUUCUUUUCCUCCUCAUCCUCAAUUCCAACACAGACACACCUGCAGCAAUCACUCGCUCCCUCACCUGCACAGGACACUCUAAACGUCUGAGUCUCAACACAACGCUCCCAAAGAUUCACACAUCUCCACAUCUCAAUGACAUCUCUAUAACAUCUCACUCACAUCUCAACUUCUCACACACAUCUCUACAACACAACUCUAUGACAUCUAACACAGAUCUCUAGAACAUCUCACUCAUGUCCCACAACUGCUCACAUACAUCUCUACAACAUCUCACACACAUCUACAAUAUCUUUCUCACAGCUCCUCACUUACCUCUCUACAUCUCACUCGCAUCUCUAAAAUAUCUCACUCAUGUCCCUACAUCUCACGUCUCUACAUCUCACUCACGUCCCACAACUGCUCACACACAUCUCUACAUCUCACACACAUCUCUACAAUAUCUCACUCAUGUCCCUACAUUUCAUUCACGUGAGUGAGAAGAGGAUGAGAUGAUGUGAGUGAGGAUAUGGUGUGUGUGAGGAGAUGAUGAGAUGAUGUGAGUGAGGAGAUGAUGAGAUGAUGUGAGUGAGGAGAUGAUGUGGGUGAGGAGAUGAUGUAAGUGAGGAGAGCAUGAGAUAAUGUGAGUGAGAAGAUGAUGUGGGUGAGGAGAUGAUGUGAGUAAGGAGAGGAUGAGAUGAUGUGGUUGAGGAGAUGAUCUGAGUGAGGAGAUGAUGUGUGUGAGAGGAUGAGAUGAUGUGA